CUGAUGUUAGCGCAUGCGUAAGAUUUUCCAUUGAAAAGAAGGAUCAUCGAACGAAGACAACGAACGAACGCGAAACGAAAGGAGGAUUCGUUGAAUAUUUGGUAGGCUUCUAGCCUAGCCCUACUUAUUUCCUGGCUUAGACAUUCUCAAGUUCAAGUGACAAAGUGAGAUACAAAAUUGAAGUUAUACUCAAUAAAGAACUUUGUGAUGUAAUUUUGUGAAUUUCUUCACACAUUAAAUGAUGGAAGAACGAGCAGAACUUGGCAGAAGUUUUCCAUGUUCAAGUGGACACCAUUAUGAGGAUGUCUCUGAUAAGACAAUUUUUAUUAAGAGCAUGUUAAGAACAUUAACGAAUGAUGAACAGUAUACAAGCAAUAAAGCUUCUAGAUCUUCUACCAAUAUCCAUGAUGUCAAAGAUGAUUUGAAGUCUGACCACUCCAGUAACAGCAAUUCAAUAGAAGACUAUGUCAUCACAGACCAGAAACUCUCAAAUUCCCAGUCAGAUAAUGAUGGAAUGCACACAAAACCUGCUCCAAUUGAACCAUCUGAAAAGAAAACUCCAGUAAGCAGACCUUUAACCAAAGAGCCUCAGAGGGUUGUCAAAAAAAUAUUGAUAUCAAAUCCUGAUUUAAAGGCAGCUCAUAGGAUAGUGAUGCAAAUCAUGUCCGACAGAGCGAACUAUGCCUUUAUGGAUGAGGUUGAUGUGGAAGCGCUAAAUCUCUGGGAUUAUCAUGAUCGUAUUAAAGAACCAAUGUGGUUGAGUAAAAUUGAAGACAAAUUUAAUAAUGAAGAAUAUUCAAACAUCACUCAGGUGAUCCGUGACAUUCGACUUAUGUUGGAGAACUGUUAUCGUUAUAACGGUCUUGAUCAUUAUGUCUCUAAACAAGCCAUGAAAAUUGAGCAGGUUCUUGAGACAAAAUUGUCGCUACUACCAAGACUCCUUCAAGUCCAGACAACCUUAUAUGUGACAUCUGAUGGAAAAUAUGGUGAACCUCCUGUCACAGCAACUACCUCACUUACUGGGCGUCGACGGGCAGGUGGAAGAUUACAUUCAGGUGGAGCCACAACUCCACUUUCCAACUGUAUACAGUCUGAAAUCCUACUUGCUCAGGCAGAAGAGAAGAAGAGGCAGCAGCAGGAGAGACAAGAAGAAUUACUGCAAUACCGUAAAGAAUUAGAUGAGUGGGAGAGGGACUUGCUUCAGCAACCAAACCAGGACCAUUUAAAUGCAAUGUGGGAAAUUCCUGCUAUUGGUCAAUUCCUAUUGUUAUUCCAAGAAACUCUUGCCUUAAAUGAGAUAUCUUACUUCGAACUGGAGAGAUGCUUCUUGAUGCCUCGGGAAAGUAAAUUACUUGCUCAGGUUUUUACCUGUUUGCUCAGUUCACCAACACAAAGAAAAAGGGAAAUAAGUAAGAACAUGGGGAUGGCAAUGCCCUAUAAAGUCUGGCAAAGAAAGCUAAAAGAAAAAGUGCAAAAGUGGUACCAGGUUGUCGAGAGCUGGCAGGACACACAGUGGGUAAGUCAAUACAUUGCACUCACAGAGAGCGUCGUUGGAUUCGACAGUUGUACAACCGUUGUUCAAUGCAUAGCACUCACAGAGAGCGUCGUUGGAUUCGACGGUUGUACAAACGUCGUUCAAUGCAUUACACUCACAGAGAGCGUCGUUGGAUUCGACGGUUGUACAAACGUCGUUCAAUGCAUUACACUCACAGAGAGCGUCGUUGGAUUCGACGGUUGUACAAACGUCGUUCAAUGCAUUACACUCACAGAGAGCGUCGUUGGAUUCGACGGUUGUACAAACGUCGUUCAAUGCAUUACACUCACAGAGAGCGUCGUUGGAUUCGACGGUUGUACAAACGUCGUUCAAUGCAUUACACUCACAGAGAGCGUCGUUGGAUUCGACGGUUGUACAAACGUCGUUCAAUGCAUUACACUCACAGAGAGCGUCGUUGGAUUCGACGGUUGUACAAACGUCGUUCAAUGCAUUACACUCACAGAGAGCGUCGUUGGAUUCGACGGUUGUACAAACGUCGUUCAAUGCAUUACACUCACAGAGAGCGUCGUUGGAUUCGACGGUUGUACAAACGUCGUUCAAUGCAUUACACUCACAGAGAGCGUCGUUGGAUUCGACGGUUGUACAAACGUCGUUCAAUGCAUUACACUCACAGAGAGCGUCGUUGGAUUCGACGGUUGUACAAACGUCGUUCAAUGCAUUACACUCACAGAGAGCGUCGUUGGAUUCGACGGUUGUACAAACGUCGUUCAAUGCAUUACACUCACAGAGAGCGUCGUUGGAUUCGACGGUUGUACAAACGUCGUUCAAUGCAUUACACUCACAGAGAGCGUCGUUGGAUUCAACGGUUGUACAAGCAAUAUAGUUAAAAUAAUUUGA